GCAGCAGAAGGCUGACAAUCGUGUUCAACUGUUCACGUUGGUCCGAUGGGGUUAUAAAUAUAAACAUAAAUCAUCGUUCGGCGUUCGGCCUCUGAGAUUCUCUCAUUUUCUUCAGAGAAAUUCACGCCGUUCCCAUUUGAUGGACAAUGAAGCCGCCUGCCUUUCGCGCGAGGGAGGCAGGGGCCAAUGUCAUCCAGUAUUCUUCUCAUCCUUCGGACUCUCCUGUUCUCGAGAACACCCUCAGGUCACACCCUUUCAAUAUGAUUGUCGCUGUCUUUGUACCGGAGGCGAUGCAACUUGACCAGAACAUCAAGAACAUCAUCCUGGAUGAAGGCGAUUACUACAUCAUAUGGGAUGUCCCGGUCUACAAGUUCAUCGAGAAACCCUUCAUCGAUGCCUUCAUCAAAAGAGGUGAACUAACAUUGCUGACCCCUGAUGUUAAAGUUGAAAUAGAAAACUGUUGUGGUAUAACUCCAAAUGGCAUAUUAGCACUUUCUCUUACUUAUAAUACAUACAUGUCCCUUGGCAUUUCUGAAUCUCCAUGUGUUAAAGUGAAAAAGCUCACUGAAGACAAAAAAUAUUAUAUUCUUAUCGAUCUCAAAUCUCCAUCUUUUGUACCGGGAAAUAAUAGCUACAACAGGCUCCUGGAAAAGCUUAAAAAUGCCAAAGACUUCAUGGUUGAUUUUAAUGCGACUUGGGAGCCUCCUCCUGGAGUCUCCUCAACAUCAUUCCCAAAUUAUUUUUAUCAAAUGGGCUUAGAAGUGACUGAAUAUUCAAUUCAAGAGAGACACAAAGUCGAGUAUAAUGUGAAGAUUCCAAAAAAUCGAAUUCUGUCUUCCGAGGAGUUUUUCAAUUGGUUUGCCGCUCACCACAUUGGACUGUCAGAAGCGCCUGAAGAAGGUGAAGGGGAACAAAUUGACAUUCCUGACUUUGGCCCUGAAGACAUGACACAAAUCGGGCAAUCUUAUUUGGUAGCAUGGAUGGGCGUUAUAACAACAAGCAGAGUUUUAAUGCUUUACAAAAAGUUAAAGGAAUAUCUUGCUGAAAGGCCAUCGGUGCCUUUUAUAGGCCUCCACGUCCAAGGAUUUGAUGACAGCCCAAUUUCCUUUGGAAAUCAGGCUCAUCGUAAUACAACUAAUGGUGAUAAUGAUGUUACCUAUAUAAUUCAAAAUGAUGGGAUUACAAGAAUGUGCAAGAACCAUACUCCUCACCAUCCAUAAAAAAAAAUUUAAUAAUUAUAAGAGUAUAUGAAAUAAGACAAUUUAUAUAUUUUCGAUUAUCAAAAUAUUUAAAGCCAAACUGGCUAAACGAAUGUAUUAUAACAACGCAAAAGAGAAACUUAGACUACAUAAAUGCAGAAAUUUAUGCAUUGCUUAUCAAAAAACUUUUAUUAUAACAUUAGCAUUUAAAAAUAAAGUUUCUAUUUGUUUUUUGAUGUUUUACAAUUUUUUAUAAUUUUUGCUUUAUUCAUAACAAAUAAAAUGAUUUAUAAAUUUAGGUUAACUUUCUAGAUAAGUUCCACUUCUAUUGAAGACUUAAUAUCUUCAACAACAUAUUUUACUACAUACAUAUAUUUUCAUGGCUGUAAUGAAGAGGAACUAAUUUUUAAUCGGAAGAUUUUUUUCUUAAAUCAAUUGUUUUUCACCAUUUUGAUUUACUUGAGAAAGAAAAUGUAUACACAUUUAAUUGAAUUAUAUAAAACAAUUUUUCAAGUGAGUGUAAAUGAUUUAUGAUUUCAACAGACUUAUAUCAAAUAAACCUGUGCAAUACGAUUGGUGUUAGGUGGGAUAUGACCAUGUACGAAUAUACAAAGAAAAAGGACAUAAAAGUGAAUUUAAAAUAUUUUAUUGUUUUAGGUAUGUAAAUGUGUAAUAUCU